UCUGCAAAUCCAAAAUUCUCUCUCUUACCUGUCUGAAAGCGCCGUCAGAUCUUCGACAAGAUCGCUAAGGCGACUUUCAAUCGCCCCCGCCGUCUUCUCUCUCUUUAUAACCUAUCCCUUCAAAUUGGUCUUCUCGGUGGUUCUCUCUUUAUUGACUGCUGUUUGAAUUUAGAAAGUGAAAUGGUAAGGGAUGUGGUGAACUAACUGAUGAAUUUAUCCAGUCAUGGAUCUAGAGAAAUGGGCAGCAGCAAUUUUGUGACUGAGAGAGGGUUAUUAGGGUUUCAGUCAUGGCGCAGGAAGCUACUCAGAGUUGGAUAUCUUCUUACAAGGGGAUGUCCUCUGAUAACAUCAAGGGUUUGAUAUUAGCACUGUCUUCGAGCUCCUUCAUUGGUGCCAGCUUCAUUAUAAAGAAGAAAGGUUUAAAAAAGGCCGGCGCAUCGGGAGUUAGGGCAGGUGUUGGAGGCUAUUCUUACUUAUAUGAACCACUUUGGUGGACGGGCAUGAUAACAAUGAUUGUUGGGGAAGUUGCUAAUUUUGCAGCCUAUGCAUUUGCACCAGCAAUCCUGGUUACUCCACUUGGCGCACUCAGCAUUAUUAUCAGUGCUGUACUUGCGCAUAUUAUCUUACGGGAGAAGCUACAUAUUUUCGGUAUUCUUGGUUGUGUUCUGUGUGUUGUGGGGUCAACAACUAUUGUUUUACAUGCUCCUCAAGAGCAAGAAAUUGAAUCUGUGGCACAAGUAUGGGAUCUUGCUACUGAGCCAGCUUUUCUUUUGUAUAUGGCUUUGGUAUUAGCAGCAGUUUUUAUACUUGUAGUCCAUGUUAUCCCACAGUAUGGACAAACACAUAUAAUGGUCUAUAUUGGAGUGUGUUCACUUGUAGGUUCUCUAUCGGUCAUGAGUGUUAAAGCAUUAGGAAUUGCUUUGAAGUUAACAUUCUCAGGAAUGAAUCAGCUGAUGUACCCCCAAACAUGGACAUUCGCUGUUGUUGUAAUUACAUGUGUUAUUACUCAAAUGAACUAUUUAAACAAGGCACUUGAUACUUUCAAUACUGCUAUUGUAUCUCCUAUCUACUAUGUGAUGUUUACAUCAUUAACCAUUUUGGCCAGUGUGAUCAUGUUUAAGGACUGGGAUCGACAAAAUCCAACACAGAUUGUCACAGAAAUGUGUGGGUUUGUUACUAUUCUGUCUGGGACAUUCCUUCUUCACAAAACCAAGGACAUGGCAGAUGGUCCAUUGACCUCCCGCCUCUCCAAGCACUCAGAAAUGGAUGGGUUAGAUCCUGAAGGCAUCCCCCUUAGGUGCCCGGAAGCCUUGCGGUCACCGUAAUACUUCGUUAUUUGUUUUGCUAUCUUUCAUACUUUUUGGAGGGAGCUGAUUGUCACCAACCUGUACUUCAAAUGUUUGAUCGAUACUUUCGUAUCUUUUUUGAUACAAUUAAAAGGCCAGGAGGGUCCUAUGAAUCAGAAUGAAACAAUAGCCUUUGGCAAAGGAUUGUACCCUCCAAAUCUUCCCUCCGAGGCUUGUGAGGCAUUUC